AUGUCUAGAGUGGCCGGGCUGAGCAGAGGGACUGGAGCAGAAUUUCAACCUGGUCGCUUCACAGUUGUUUUCCUCUUUACUAUCUGUAGUAAUCAAGACGACUAUCAACUGGUUCGGAAGCUUGGCCGGGGAAAGUAUAGUGAAGUCUUUGAGGCUAUAAACAUCACCAACAAUGAGCGAGUGGUUGUGAAAAUUCUUAAGCCAGUGAAGAAAAAGAAGAUAAAACGAGAGGUUAAGAUUUUGGAGAACCUGCGAGGUGGAACCAACAUCAUUAAGCUGAUUGACACUGUCAAGGAUCCAGUGUCAAAGACUCCAGCCCUGGUGUUUGAAUACAUCAACAAUACAGAUUUCAAGCAACUGUACCAGAUCCUGACGGACUUUGAUAUUCGGUUUUACAUGUAUGAAUUGCUGAAGGCCUUGGAUUACUGUCACAGCAUGGGGAUCAUGCACAGAGAUGUCAAGCCUCAUAACGUCAUGAUAGACCACCAACAGAAAAAGUUGCGGCUCAUAGACUGGGGUUUGGCAGAAUUCUACCAUCCAGCUCAGGAAUACAAUGUCCGCGUGGCUUCGAGGUACUUCAAAGGGCCGGAGCUCCUCGUGGACUACCAAAUGUACGACUAUAGCUUAGAUAUGUGGAGCUUAGGCUGUAUGCUGGCCAGCAUGAUCUUCCGAAAAGAGCCGUUUUUCCACGGUCAAGACAAUUACGACCAGUUGGUUCGGAUCGCAAAGGUUCUGGGUACAGAUGAAUUAUAUGGUUAUCUGAAGAAGUACCACAUAGAACUGGACCCCCACUUCAAUGACAUCUUGGGACAACAUUCACGGAAGCGUUGGGAGAACUUCAUCCAUAGCGAAAACAGACACCUCGUCAGCCCUGAAGUCUUGGACCUUCUGGACAAACUUCUGCGAUACGACCAUCAACAGAGGUUGACUGCCAAAGAAGCGAUGGAGCACCCUUAUUUCUAUCCAGUCGUGAAGGAACAGGCCCAGCCCACGUCCGACAGCCCCGUGCUCUCCAGCAGCUUGACAGCGGCACGAUGAAGUUUGAGGAAUGACGGGUAAUUCCAGAGGUUUACAAAUACAAACACGCACCCUUCAGUCACCUAGGGAAGGGAUGAACCCAACCCCUGUAUACUCAGCAGAAGCCUCGUCUGGAGGGGGGCUAGGACUUAGCCUCCCCUCUUUCCAGCACUGACGGCUACCCCAACUUUCUUUGUGUGUUACCAAAGUCGUGAUCCAAACGGUUGCACAAGAUUUACAAGGAUUCAAGGGUGUCACCCAAGGUCUGCGCAGUUGGCUCGGGGUUGAUUCUGCAGUCUCCUCCUCUGCCUGUCCUCUCUGGCCAUUUCCCCCCUUCCUCCACUGGGCAGCCUUCGGGUCUCUUCCCUUCCCACACCCUCUAGAAUGCAGCAUGCACCCCAUAGAAACAAGCCCUCUACUUCGUGAAAGCCUGUAAGCAACGGGUGGCGCCCUCUCUCUGGACGACUGGUUUUUGGCCCCUGGUUGGUUUGUUCAUUCCCUUCAGUUUAUAAAGCAAAUCUUGUAAAUGGUUGGAGUCAGACAAGCAGAUAACUUUCAAAACCCACUCAACAGGCAGCCAUUGGGGAGAAUCCCCCACCCCUCCACCCCACUUUCCACGUGGGGCAGUGCCUGCCUUAGCAAGAGAAAGGAUGGUUCUUUGAGGCAGAAAGAGCGUGUCCUCGGAAGCACAUUCUCAUUGCUAGGAAAGCCAACGUGGCCAUUCCCCUCAGGUUCCCCAUGCCGAUCUGGAAUUGCUAUAAAAACAGCAGCUCUGAAUGUGUGAAGAAGAAGCAAAGAGGAAGCAUGCAGGCAAGAGGAUCCAUUGGGAAUCUUGGAAGCCAGAAAUAGUGGGGCUGUUUCAGAAUUGGUCUGCAGCGACCUGACGAAGGGUCAGCUCCCUUUUUUACACACUCAGCCCACGGUUGGAGUAGAAUCCUCUCCUUUUGGGGAUGUGUGUGUUAGAUGUUCCUUUUGUUUUUCCAUUGGGUGGAAACAAUCCCCAGAGUUCAACCCCACCUUUUUUUUGGGAGGGGGUUUAUAUUUUGUGAUUCUGGUGACUUCAUAAACCUAAAUCUACAUGUUUUAGUCACCACACAUAAAUGCAGAUUUUUUCUUUCUUUCUAUUGCAUUGUCAAAUAUUUAAUUUUAAGUAACAAGGUUAGACAGUUUCUGUUUGAAGCAUCUGUUUACAUUCCACAUCCCGGUAACAACAUGUUAGCAUUGAUAUCAGGUCAGACCCAUUUGUACAAUUCACUGGAACCAAUAAAUCUCUCUGUGUACAAA